GACGGAAAGUGUUAGGGGAGGGUGUAGCGACGUGGCACCUCGCGCCUAUAUUUACUAACAAAAACAGGCGCCCCAACACGUACCAUCCUGGCACACUCACUCUCUGAAACUUUCCUACCUCGAGAAAUAAAUGCCCAGCAUAGGUCUUCGAGAAAUAAAACAACCGAAAAGCAAGGAUCGUCACACAACCGGGGACAAAAACGCAUUUCCAAGAACAUACCCAGAUAAGGCACACGGAUCCUUCUUGCUCUUGCCUUUUCAAUGCAUCCCCUUUGUGCGCGGAGCACUAUGAAACCAGAGAUCGCCGCCGCCGUCGGAUUUCUGUCCAGAUUUCUGCGGAUUAAGGGACACGUCAAUGACCGACAACUGCAAACAUUCAGCCAGUCUCUCCAGGAUAUUCUGGCAGAGCAGUACAAGCACCACUGGUUCCCGGACCGGCCUUGCAAGGGCUCGGGCUACCGCUGCAUCCGCAUCAACCACAAGAUGGACCCGCUGGUGGGCCAGGCAGGCCAGCGCAUCGGCCUAUCCAUCCAGCAGCUCUACUGCCUGCUGCCCAGCGAGCUGACCCUGUGGGUGGACCCCUUUGAGGUGUCCUACCGCAUCGGCGAGGACGGCUCCAUCUGCGUGCUCUACGAGUCCCAGCCGGGCACCCAGGGGACCUCGGGGGUGUCGUCCGCCUCGGCCGCCGCCGCCAACGCCUCCCUGCCCUCCCUGGUGGACAGCCGCAUCAGCUGCAAGGAGGAACUGCUCCUGGGGAGGACCAGCCCCUCCAAAGCCUACAGCAUGAUGACGGUGUCCAGCUAAAGGGUCAGGGGCGCACCCAAAAAGAGAGGAAAAAAAAAAACAAAAAAAAACAGAGGGUCAUGGUCUGACGUCCAGGGGAUGGAAACCUCAUAGGGUUCGUUGUGAUGUCAUUUAGUUGUUUUUGUUUUUUGUUUUGUUUUGUUUUGUUUUGUGUUGUGAUUCGGAUUUGCUGAGAGGCUCCCCCUCCCUGCCCCUCCCACCCCGCCCCGUUUUGGGUAGCGAUGGAGAUCUGAGAAACGGCUCCCCCUGGAGGAAGGGGCAGUAAAUCCUGUCAAUGUGGACUUUUGCACUUUCAAAUGCCAUCAUUGUGUUUCACUCCCCUCCCUGCCCCCCAGCCUUACCCCCACCCCUCCCGCCCUAGCCAUCACCCACCCCCCCACCCCCCAGGUUUAAGGAAUUACUUUCAGGAUAUAUCCCUAAACCUUGCUGCGUAUUGGAGAUAUGUUCACUUUGUUUUGUUUUUGGUUGAAAGGAAAAAAAGGGUUUAAGAUCCUGGAAGUAUUUCUGUGUUGGGGUUUCUGAAGUCCAGACACUGCCAGCAGCUGUCCCAGUCAUUCCCAAAUGUCUGAAAAAAAAGAACCUCUUUUAUACAAACACGGUUUUUGGACCACAAGACGUUAGCUCAGUGGCUGGCACCCUUUGGGCACCCCCUCUCCUGAGUCCCCAGCGGUGAGUUCCAGCGAGCCGCCGUCUCCGGGUGUGUGUGUGUGUGCGCGCCUGCGAGUGCCACGUGCGCGUGCAGGGGCGGUCGCCAUGGAUACCAUCUCGCCAUAACUCGCUUGUCCAGACUCUCCAAUGGCAGCUUCUCCUUCGCCCUCCGGGGCAGUGGAGUGGAGGUGCUGGGAAGGGGGGGGGGGGUCGUCUUCUCUGACCUCCUCCUGUUCGCUCAGUAAAUGAAUGUCUAUAUUAACAAAAAAGAAAAAUCCAGAACGGAUUUGGCUUGUUUCUCCUGCGUCGCUCAGAAUCCACCAUGUAGCUAAAAUGUUCCUUUCUUUCCCUCAAAGACUUGGAAGAGAAAUUCGCGUUUCCUGUUCUAGUUGAAUGCACUUUGACAUUUAGAUCGCAUGGGAUGUAUGUUUUGGGUUAAAAAAAUUGCUGCAUUCCAUUCGCCAGAAUGUCGUAGUUUAUGGUGAACGUUUACCCUGUGUUCCUGUUCACGUUGGUAACAGCCUAACGGCUAACUUCUGGUUGGGCUUGUCUGGUUUUUUUAGCAGUGCACCGUUGGAUAGGGAGGACUGUGGAGCGUUUGGUGUCGCUGUCGUGUUUGAAGCUCUGUCGGGUCUGUCGAUGUCGCAGUUGGGUUUUAGUUUCAGGUUCGUUGUGGUUCUCACGCAGACGUUACGCUCUCACGGCCGAAAGCGCAAGACCUCGCUCAGCUGUAACAGCACAGUGCAACUUAGAUUUACUUCCCCACUCAUUUGUGACGUUAAACGUGAAUUUGUGGUGAGAAAAGGCUUCGGAACAGUUCAUUCUGAGCUGUGAGGGUGUGUUUGCACUAAAGUCUGUGGGAAGGUAAAUGGGUUGUUUGUAUGUUGUAGGGGAGGUACUUUCUUGAAUGACAGAUGUUCCUACCUGACGAUUGAAACCAUCUAUACCACAAAUAGCAGGGCGGGGGAAAUCAGUAUGGGCACAUUUUUCGAGGUGGUAGCAUACUUUGAGUCUUGUCUUCUCGAGGCCUAAAAAGGAAAUUGGUGCCAACUGCAUUUUUUCCAAAUUAAAACAGGCACUAUUCGCAGGCUGCAACUACUUCAGCAGAACCCCAUAUUAGUGCCUUUUUCGCCAUCUAGUGUAAAACGAAGGUACUGCCAUUACGUCAAGGGGAGCCGCCUCACGCAGUCGUUCAGAGAAUGAGGGUCAGUGCCUCCUUUGGGGCCACUUGGCCUCAGCUGAAAGCGGUGAUACCGGGGUGCUCGAACUUCCAUCGGCAGUGACGGGGGGAUAGGGCUCAGUCUGACGGAGCACGCAGCGUCACAUAUCAACCUCCCCUGUCCAGGUGUGGGGCGCCGGAGACCAGUCAAGGGCAGCUAAAUCCACUCCGGCCCCUGUUUCAUGCGUACACCUGACAGCGGCGAGCGAAGCCAGCAGCAACGCACUGAGCGCUCUCCGUGGGCCGAGCCCUCCCUCUUCGCCCCGCCCACCUUGCUCUCGACACGCGCCGCGCAAGCUCGGAGCCGGAGGCAGAGAGGUCAGACCGCGCCAGACCCUCCUUUCGGAAAUGAACGUCUCGAGCCUCUGGCGAAAACGUCUGCGCUCGUUUACAAUUUCUUUGAGCCAAAACUUGCGUUCCACGAAGUGGAAUCUACAGUGGGGCGGUUCCUUUUUAACCCCUCUGCCCAGAGUUAGCGGUUCGAGACGUUACUGUCCUACACAGAAACUUCCCUGUUGUGUUAGCAAACUGUAGGGACUUUAGCCACUGCACCACCCAUCCCUCCUCUCCCUGGUGCGUUCUGUCCCAUCUGUGAAAACCUGUGACUCCACACAAAGCAGACGCACACAGACAGAAGAAGCUGGUGGAUGAAAUCAUUUGAAAAAUUAAUUUUAAUGCAUUGUACUCCCCGAUUUUAAUGCGUCAUUAAUAUUGUAAGGAGAUCCUCCUGUUCUGGAUGGCCCUCUUACCCCAAUGUUAUUUUAUUUUAUUUAUUUAUUAUUUUUUUAAACUUGUCAAAGUCUGUAAACCUGCAAUCUUUGCCCCUGGGUUUUAACAUCCAGAAUAAUCUGAACGAUGUUUUAAAGUUACUAAAAAUAAGUCAAAUUUAUCCACCCUCUUUUGCUAAAACCCCUUUAUCCCCCAGUCUGACUGCUCACUCUUUAGAGUGUGCUCAAAGAGCGUAGUGCUCACCCUUUAGAGUGCACUCAAAGGGCUGUCUUGUGCGUGUGGUAGAAGUGUGAUGACAGGGAAGAAGUGGCACAUAAAAUGCACUAAUAUGUAAAGUUGAAGUUGUGUGAAAUUAAGACAGGAAAUCUGUCCAAGAAUGUACUGUCAAAACUCAGGCCUUGGAAUUUUGGACCUUCAGUGAAUCCUUAAGGAAAAAGUCCUUUAUGAUCUAUGAAAACGGAAGGAGUAUGUUUUUAAUAUGUCAUUGAUGGAAAAUGUUUAUACCACUUUCACAUGUGUAACGUAUCCAUAGGUUGUAAACUGCAUUAACAGAAAUGCACAACAUUA